AAAACCUCCAGGCAUUCUUCGUUUCUCGACAACAAUCUGCUGAACGGCACGCCAGUCGAGCACGCGGGACGAUUGACGUAUCAGAGGAUUACUUGCGAACGCGACGUAAGCUGUGUUUACAAGAAUUCGUUUCCAUGGCAGCAGUUUUGAAUUGCAAGAAGAGUGCGUAAAUGUUUUUAGCAAUAUUUGUGAGAUUUAUUAUUUUAUAUGUGAUAUUUUACGAAACACAUACAACGAGAUGGUAGAAGCAGGAGAAUCGGACGUGCAAAUUAUUCUAAGUAUAAAAGAAGGAAAAGAUUUUGAACAAGUUUUACAACCAACAAUAUUAGUUGGCACUUUAAAUGGACACUCUUUGAAAACUGACAAAAUUGAGUCAAGCCCAAACCCACAAUAUGAUACUGAUCUGAUUUGGGAAACUAACAAAAUUACAAUGAGAAAAAUGCGGUCAGGACAAGCAUCGUUGAAAUUAGAAUGCUAUGCUUUUAAAGAAAAUGAGAAUAAAGAGAAAAUUGGGCAUGUUCUAUUAAGUUUACGUUCUGCACACCUAGCGUACAAAUAUGGGGAUGUGAAUCCAAAAGCAAGUUGGCAUAAAUUGAUAGGAUUAAGGAGUGAUCUCAAAACAAACAAGCCUGAAUUACUUCUUACAUUGAGGAUUGAGGAUCGCAAAAGUACAAAUUUAGAUACAGCAUUAGAGGUAAGAAAUUCAUUAACAGAAGAUAUUGCUAAACAAAGUGAUAAAAUAACACCUUAUUUGCAUCCUGAUGAGCAAUUAAUUCAAUUGGGACCUGUAAACACCUGUUACGAAUUGUUCUUGCUAAGUAUCACAGUCAUAUGUAUAGAAAAUUUGCACCUAUUAUUACCUGAAAACCUGAACAAGGACAGUACUGUGUGUAUUUUGUACAGAGUCUUAGAAAAUGACGUAGAACUUAAACCAUUUAAAGUAAAUGACAAAAAUCACCUGCCACAUGAAAAAGUGAUAGUGAGAAUACGAAGCUCCUUGCAUAUGUUAAAGCAUUAUUUACAGUUGAAUCCACAUUUGUCGGUAUUAUUGAAACAUGAAAAUAAUACAAUAGCCGAAUCACUAGUCAAUCUGCAAUCACUAGUACCAGCAGAUAACAUUCAAGAAUUCUUCAAGUGUACUGGGACCUCAAGUAUCACCCUACAUGAACGUUGUUUCCUAACUAAAAGAGACUUAGCACAGAAAUCCAUCGAAAGCCACCUCCAAAAAUCCUACCUCGAUAUACAACUUAAACUACAAUAUGUUGAAACUAAAACAGAUGUCCUGCACAAUCCUGAUACAAAUAUGAGUUUUAACAAUCGCACAAUACCUAAUAUUCAGUACUGUAACGAGGAAAAUAUGAGUAAUAGAUGUCCAGAGGUUGAGUCUCACAGAAAUCCUAGUGGCGACUUCAGAAAAUGUAAUCCAAUCAGCAUUCCUGGGGAAACAAAAUGUGCGACGGAACGCAAAUAUACAAACCAGCACUUCCUUGAUUGCCAACAUCUAAAAAGUCAAAUGGAUAAAAUGAUGUGUUUAUGUUCCAGCGAUACUGCGGUCUGCAAUUGUAUGAAUGUAAAAUGUGCAGGAUCUUACCAUUGCUAUUGUCUAUAUAUUUCGCUCGUAGCAAUAACUUCUGUAUCCCCGAAACUAUCUGGACGACGGAUUGAGUUCCGAUUUCACCAUCCCAAAGCUGAGAACACAUCGGUGGCGCAUGCAACAAUAUCAGCAGUAACAGGUGAAAAGUCGAAAUUGCAAAAUAUCGGGUGUCAAUUUCACUUCAUAUCUACGCCGAACGAAAUUAAACAGUUGCUGCAGUCUUUCCCACCAAAGAUCAGUAUGUAUGAUACAAAUGAAGCCGCUAAACCAGUGUCACUGUUAGUGUUGGAUUUAAAACCAUUAUUUCAUCAGGAUAAGCCCGAAUGUCAAUAUAAAUUACCUCUGUACGAUACGGAUACAAAUAAAAUUGGUGAUGUAGACGUUAUGCUCAAGCUGGAAAAUCGUGGGCCACAUUUUUUAUUGAACAAAGAAACUGCUGAUAAAAACUUAGGUCCGCCGAUAUUAGAUGAUAGCUUGGCGUAUAAAAUAGUAGACGAGCUCGAAACAUGGAAAGAACGUCAAAAAGAGAUGUUUAAAGCUGAGCUCAAAAAGAAGGAAGAACGACACUUGAACAUGCUGAGCGAGGAGUGGCGAAGGCAAAAGGAAAGCCUAGAGUCGAAGCUUGCAUGCAGCGUCGAGCAGUGUAAGAUACUAGCGAACAGUCUGAAUAACGCCACUGAAGAUUUACGAACACGCCGAUUAAAGAGCCUGGAAAAUGAGACUCGACUGAUCAAAGCGAACGAGAACAUACAGUGGAGAUACGAGGUCAAGUUGCAGGAACUUCGAGAUUCUUCGCACUCGAUGCAAAGUGAUCUCAUGUCAAAGGUGAGCAAGCUCGAGGAAAAGAAAUCCGCUCUAGAGGCGCAGGUGGAAAUAUUGAUGUACGAGAAUGAGAGCUUGAAGUUAUCGAUAAGCAAACUGACGAACGAGUUACAAAUGUAUCAGAAGGGAUCCUUGACUCAAGAUCAGACGGCGUCACUUCUGCAAGAGUUAAAAGUACUCGAAGAGAAAUUGAACAACGCUCAAAAGGGGAAGUCAUUUUUCAAGGAGCAGUGGGGCAAAGCUGUUCGCGAGAUACACAGAAUGAAAGUGGAUCAUCAGAAAACCAUGCAAGAUCAAAUAAAGAACAGCAAGGAGGAACUGAAGAACGUGGACUUGGCGGAAAUUUUAUCCAUAGACACAAGAGCCUUGACCAACGAUCAAAUCCUAUUGAACGAACUGCAGAAGGAGAUCGACGGGAUCAAGCCGAGGCAACCUUUCGCUUCGAAAGAAGCCUACGGUCAAAUCUUUGCGUCAGUCAACGACGCCUUUUCCGAAGAUUCUUACAACGGUAACAAAAUCAUAUCUGGUAAAUCGGACGAGCGCAAUGAGCGACUGCAGGCGCUGAGGGAAGAACGCGACUCACUGUUGAGGACCGGAAGUUAUUCGUCGGACGACACAGUGAUUAGAAAGCUCGACACGGAGAUACGAUCUUUGCUGGUAAGCAGGUAACGAGUUUAUCGCGACUGCCGAGAGCAGACGACAGACGAAAACGAAACUUCCCCGGCAACACAUCCGUGCGGAAAAGAUGCAUUCGUGCAAUUCGGAGAUAAAAACACUACGACGUAGUUACGCCAGAGCGGGUCGAUUUAUAUACACAUUUGUACAAAUAAAUAUUU